AUGGGAAAAAACGUCUUCAUUGUGUUCGCUCACCCAGAACGCAAUUCUUUAAACGGUUGUUUGCUAGACGUGCUUGUUGAUCAAUUAACCUCCCAGGGAGAUCACGUCAAAGUCAGCGAUUUGUAUCGAAUGAACUGGAAGAGUGAAGUUGACAUUGCCGACUUCCCUGCCUACCCAGCUGAUCAGAAGUUUAACCCAGAACUAGCCUCCAAGAACCACACCGCCAACGGCACCCUGACAAAGGAUGUCGUUGAAGAACAACAAAAACUCUUGUGGGCCCACACAAUUCUCUUUGUCUUCCCAAUCUGGUGGUUCAAUUUGCCAGCCAUCCUAAAGGGCUAUAUCGACAGAGUGUUUUCUAACGGUUUUGCAUACAACUACUCCGAGCACCCCGAAUUGAGCGACCCACAAGUUUUAAAAACGAAGACUGUCUCCGGCAGAAAUGCUUCUCUUGUUGUCACUCUAGGUGGCUCUCCAGAGAAUGCCUACAAGCCAGGCAACCCAGGAGACCCAAAUGAGGUUGUCAGCAAGUUGCUAUCCGCAACAUUGACCUCCUUGGAGUACUCUGGCAUCAAUGUUAUCGAUCCUUUGUACUUGUACGAUGCCAAUACUCAAUCCGAAGCAAAGGUUAAAGAAUUUCAAACACAGGCUAGGAAAUUCGCCAGCGACUUGCCCAACUAG